GAGAAAGAGGAGAGGGAGAGAGCUUUGGAACAGGAGAAGGUCCUGCAGAGAGAGAAGGAGAGAGCUUUGGAACAGGAGAAGGUCCUGCAGAGAGUGAAAGAGGAGAGGGAGAGAGCUUUGGAACAGGAGAAGGUCCUGCAGAGAGAGAAAGAGGAGAGGGAGAGAGCUUUGGAACAGGAUAAGGUCCUGCAGAGAGCGAAAGAGGAGAGGGAGAGAGCUUUGGAACAGGAGAAGGUCCUGCAGAGAGAGAAGGAGGAGAGAGAGAGAGCUUUGGAACAGGAUAAGGUCCUGCAGAGAGAGAAAGAGGAGAGGGAGAGAGCUUUGGAACAGGAGAAGGUCCUGCAGAGAGCGAAGGAGGAGAGAGAGAGAGCUUUGGAACAGGAGAAGGUCCUGCAGAGAGAGAGAGAGGAGAGGGAGAGAGCUUUGGAACAGGAGGAGGUCCUGGAGAGAGCUUUGGAACAGGAGAAGGUCCUGCAGAGGGAGAAAGAAGAGAGGGAGAGAGCUUUGGAACAGGAGAAGGUCCUGCAGAGAGAGAAGGAGAGGGCUUUGGAACAGGAGAAGGAAAGGGCUAAGGUGGCUGAAAGAGAGAGGGCUAGUCAUCUUCCUCCAUGGAAGCGUAGUCGUGAGAUUGGUCUUACCCCCCUGCGUACUCCUCCCCUCUCCACAGGAGCAGGUAAGAUGGCGGCAACAGAGGAGGGUGGGGAGCCCAAAGUGCCAUCCCUACCCCAAACAGCAUCAAGAGACAACCAGCCAGCUGAAUCUGGUACGCCCCUGUCACAAACUCUAGCAACGUCUCUAUCACCACAGUCCUCCUUCAAGAAGUUCCGUUUCUUGAGAGACCCCCUAGUUCUAUCCCCAUCUUCAGCAUCCCUGGUCAUCAAGAGGCCCCGUACAUUCUCUGAAAGCCCCCAUCCUCAGGCCUUAGCUCUCCAGUCCCCCAGCAAACCUGGGGAACCAGAGCAGGAAGUUACACCGCAGGGGCCCCAGCCUUCUGCUGGGCAAGCAGCACCAAAGAAGCCUGCAAGACAGGGGGUCCUUGUUUCUGUAGCAAACACGUCAGGGACGACAGGGCCAGAGAGGGAGACCCCAGUGAUUGCCACAAUGGGUAAGAGUCCUGAAGAAGAAAAGGGUAAGAGCCUGGCGUCAGAGGAGCAUCUCCAAGCACAUAAAGAGGAAACCGACAAACAGGCGGUGGGAGAGAUGACCAGAGAAACAAACGCCCCCUCGGUUCCAGCGGGAGCUGUGCUACCUCCCUCAACCCCACCAGAGAAGGGCAAGGUAGAAAAAGGAAGGGAGAGAAGUCAAAAGAAAGAAGAAAAGCAGGGAAGACGGGCUUCCUCAUCUAGUGACUCCUCAGAUUCUGACUCUGGGUCGUCGUCCUCACGUUCGUCUGAUUCGUCCUCAUCAUCCCAGGGCAAAACACACACCACUCCCAGUGGUAGAAGGCCUGAGAAAUCUUUGACAAACACCAUAUCCCAGCAUAAGGAAACGGUUAGUCAACCUGAGAAUCCAACUGAGGCCCCAAAAGCCCCACAGCACAAAAAGCGAGUAUCUGGGGAGGAGAAAGACAUAACCAUUGAUGGAGCCAGACACAGAAAGAAGCCGUUCCUUGGGAUACCUGCUGGAGAAGACAAUUGGCAGAAGAAAAACAGCGUGGGAGAGGAGGUAAAGACAGACACUACAAGGGAGGUGAAUGAGGCUGCCAUGGCUGAGCCUAAGAGGGCUCCUGAGAGCAGUGAGGAGAGUUUGACACCAAAGGCAUUCACAGCCCGUAGGAUCUCCCUUAGCAGCAGCAAGCUCUCUCAAGGUGCUGUCAGUGCAGAGGGCGAGACAGAGUCUGGGGCCGGGAGGAAGAGGAGGUGGGGAUCCAGCACUGCAGUCACAGCCAAGAAAUCAUCCAUGAGCAUCACCACAGACUCUCUGAAGUCUCUGAUCCCAGACAUCAGGCCAUGUCCAGGCCAGGAGGUGGUGGUGGAUCUGCACCGGGAGGAGGAUCACCUCUCUGGGGUGGAGGAGGAGGACAGGGAGCAGGGCGAGCAGGACCUCAAGAUCAGACGCACAGUCACACAGGUGGUCCCGUCAGUGACCCAGGAGAAUGGACAGAAGGAGUCCAAGAGGAGUGAACAUGAGGAGGAAGACCGAGAGCAUGGAGGGGAGUUUAAAGGAGACAGAGGGGAGAAGUUGGACGACUCAUUCCAGAGAGACUCCAUGGAGACACAAUGCCCCUCUCCCCCCAGCCAUGACAUGGAGAUGAAAACAGUGACCCCCAGUGACACAUUGAUCCGUCGCUCCAUCAGCCAGCAGAAGUCUGGCGUGUCCAUCACCAUAGACGACCCUGUCCGCACGGCCAAGCAGCCCUCUCCUCCACGAGGCAAAAUGUCCAACAUCGUCCACGUGUCCAACCUGGUUCGGCCGUUCACCCUGGGCCAGCUGAAGGAGCUGCUCGGCAGGACCGGCACUGUGCUCGAGGACGGCUUCUGGAUCGACAAGAUCAAAUCUCACUGCUACGUCACAUACUCCAGUGCAGAGGAGUCAAUGGCCACACGUGCAGCCCUGCAUGGGGUGAAAUGGCCUCAGAGCAACCCCAAGUUCCUCAGUGUGGACUUCAGUCAGCAAGACGAGCUGGACUUCCACAGAUGCCUGCCUCCCCCUGAGAGGGCUGGGGUGUGUGAGCGGGGGGCUGCGGCGGUGCCUGUUCGAGGGGUGGCCUUGCCCCCUCUCCUGCCCGAGCGAGACCAGUGGGCGGAGCGAGAACGUGAGAUGGAGCGCAGGGAGAGGUCCCGGGCUGAGAGGGAGUGGGACAGGGACAAGGUCCGGGACUUUGGUCCAGGAAAAACUGGAGAGGAAGCGGGCCCCAGACGAUCCCGCUCCAGAGAGAGGAAACGCAAGGAGAGGAAGACGGACAAGAAAGAGAAAGCUGCAGACGAACCUCCUGUCAAACUGCUGGAUGACCUGUUCAAUAAAACCAAAGCAGCCCCUUGUAUAUACUGGCUCCCCCUCACAGAAGAGCAGGUUGCACAGAAGGAAGCAGCUCGACAGGAGAGGAUGAAGGAGCGAGAGAAGAGGAGGAAAGCGCAGCAAGAGGAGGUGGAGAAGAAAAGGGAGGAAGAGCGGAAAGAAAGGAUGAAAGCCGGGAGUGCCGCAUCUGGAGAAAGAGGCGAGGGGGAGCGGUACAGAGAGAGAGAGCGGGGCAGAGACGGAGAGAGUGACAAACACAGAGAAGGUGGCUACCGCAGACCUCGGGGCAGCAGUGCAGGGGGGGGCAGACGCUCCCGCAGCCGCAGUGACACCCCACCUCGUGACAGACGAUGCUAGAGGGAAUCGGUGUGGCUGGAACUGUCUUAAAAUAACCCCCCAUUCCCCAUCACUACAUUUACUUCAUUACAAUAUAAGACCCUACAGUAGACCAACAGGUGUAGUCACUAUCUGUCACUUUUUUUUUAAACGCACACUGACACACAUACAGAUAGGGACCAUGGUUUAGUUUUCCCCCAGACUGCUAUCUGUCUUGAGAUUUUAUUUGUGUUCAUUUUGCCUGAGUGUUUUCUUAUUCAUUUUUUUUAUAUUCUAUUCUUGGCAGAUCGACGGUAAGGCAACCAACCCUCCCCCAUGUGUCUCUGAAGCGUAAGUGCUCUACGUAGAGUUCUGUGUAUACACACACAUCGGUUUUUAGCCUUCCCCAGUGUUGUGUGUGUUCCACAACUGGUUUCUGUGGGGUGCUUCGUCAUUGCUGCAUGCUGUCCCAGUCCGCCGUCCUCCGCCUUGUGUCCUAGGGAGGACUGACAGGGUUGUGCAGUGUUCUGUCCCCUGUGUCUUUGUUUAGUUUGAGGGAUGAGACUAUAUUAUCUGCAAGAGAUUAGAAAUGACACACACUCCUCUGAUGUCUUCAUCUUCUACAUGCUUCUUUCUGUGCAUCCUUUGUCAACCCCCCCAAA